AUGGAUUCCGAUCUUGACUCUUCUAGAAAUGGUUUCUCUGUAUACGUUCUGUUGGCAAGACUAAGUUUUUACCACUGUCUCAUAACAAUGGUGAAAUGCAAUGAGCCCAAGUCGAAGAAUGAGCUAAAUGUUGAGGCCUUUUCUGAUUCCAAGUUCAAGAUGGGAAUAUCUUUGGAAAAGGGUCUUAGUGGUGUUCUCAGCCUUUUGAUUAGUGCUGAAACUUUCCUUGAAGUCAUUCCUCAUGCUUGCAGAUCAAAUGGAUCAAACGUGUUCACCUUUUACUUUGAAGACAUCAUUGGAUUGAUUAAGUACAUCAUCGACUUUGGUCUUGCUAAGAUGUACAUGACAAUACAACAAAUCAGCACAUUCCCUACAGGUGAUAUCAUUUGUAUCAGUUCUUCAAUGUUCUUCCUUUGA